AUGUCUUCUCCUCUCACCGAGGAGAGUGUCUCUACAGAAACUGAAAGGGAAACUCCAGGAUAUCGGCCCCAGGUACAAAUCUUGAAUAUCGAAACAGAAGAGGAACGGUUUCCUAGAGAUGUUUCUGGGCCAACUGUAUCUGCUUGGAGGUGUAACCUGGCGGCCCUCUCACAGCGUCGAAAUUUGCUUUUUACAGCUCAUGUCGACGACAUUUACGUAUGGAUUCCUAGUGGGCCUCACCAGCUCCUUGGCUCCCAACCCGAGAUGAUCAUCCACCCAGUGAUGAAAGAACCCAAUGCGCCUGGAUACAUCGAUCGCUCUAGGCCUCAUACGAUUAAUCAUAUUAUUGUGGACGAUUUGGGAGUCGACGAGGUUUUGCUAUUAGCGACAGACUCUGGAAACGUCACUGGCUACAAUGUUGAGGCUAUCUUCUCGGCAAUCAACAGGAGUGCUAAAUAUGGAGGCGAUCGACCAUUUGAUGCACAUGAAGUCAAACCUUUCUUCACUGAACAUGUUCAGUUAAGUGCAUGGGGCUUGGCCACCCACAAAUUUGCUCGGUUGAUUGCCGUGAGCGCGAACACAGGUGUUAUUACCGUCUUUGCUUUCGCAUUGGUGGAUGAUAUGUCUGAGAGUGAUAGUAGCAGUCUCAGUUUCUCCGAGACCUCGAAUAUGGGAGACUCUGAUGUAUUGGAAAGCACAUGGGUAUCAAUAGACAGCGCAUCAUCGAUGGAGGAGCUGAAAAAGGAUAUGCCCCAUCAUCGAAGACGCAACCUGCGGCUCAGCUACAGGGGUCAUUUUGACAACAUUCCCUGCGUAUCAUUUGCCAACUUUGAAUUAGACCCUAACGGUCUAUGGAUGAUCAGCACCGAUAUCCUCAACCGAGUCUUUGUAUGGAGAGUCUGGGACAGCCUGGCUCCUGUCAAUUCAUCCAGUUACAAUUGUUCAAGGGAUGCUCGAGAGCAAAGGGGCUGGUUUGUCUUACCUUUACAUCCUCGCAGGGUUCAGCAACACCGCUACAAGUUUGAUGCCUGUGGAUGCGAGCCACAGCCAAAAAUUAUGAAUGGUCGGAUGGUUUUUGACGUGUCUCAUACAGCUGACGAUGUCAUAGCCAGAUCCAACCGUGCUGCUCAGAAAGUCGAUGAUGAGGAAGAUGCAUCAAUUUCUAGCCUGUUUCUUCCAGACGAUAUUUUCUCUGACUCUUCUGUUCAUACUGAAUCUCGACCGCAACGCCCGCGCUCCGAGCAUAAUCACACAACUCUAGAAGCCUCUGGGACUAUCUCUCCUGCUGCCGCCAGUGACAGUAUUGAUAUACGCGCUGAAGUAUCACAAGACCAUGAGGUGACUCCUCCCCGUCAAUCGGUCCGGGUGAAACGUGGUAUUACGAAUUUGGUCGAAGAAGAAAAUGAGCAAUUCGGCGAGGAUAGUGUUGUCGACGUGGAUGUUCUGAAGUGUUUUGUGUCCCAUCCAUGCAACCCUCGAUUUUUCCCCAUUCUCCACUUCUCCGGAAACAACAUCACUUUAGAUCCUUAUCCGUUGGACCAUGGAUCGCGGACGCUCUCUCGGUCUCCUCUGCAAUCGCUGGUAGAAUAUUCUAUGUUCUCUUCCUGUGAUCGCUUAAACUUGGUCAAGUACCUCCCUGAACUUGGGAUCGUCAUUGCCGCCUCCCAGGCCGGUGGGGUUGCCAUCAUCACCCUUACAUGGCAGGAGGAAAUUGGCCACACCUUUCGCCUAGACUGGCUUCUCCCUUUUCCCACUCAGGAGGGGGACGAUGAAUGUCCAACACCGCCUCUUAUGGGCCUUGCUGCAAGCCCCAUGCCUGGAUUUGAAAUACCGCCGGAUGUCCCUUGUAUUCCUUGGGAUAUCAAUCCCAAUGAUCGGAUGAGAUUUAACCACCGUCUGCUCAACCCAGAUAAAACUGAGCCCUGUGUCGCAAACCCGCCCGAACGCGGGGCUUCCAGUCCCUCCGAACCGGACCCUUGCACCAAAGAGCCGAACCUCACAAUUCCUGAAACCCACGCAUAUGCCUCGGACAUCUAUCAACCUCAUGAGGCCUGGCAUGGCUACCAUCCUUCUCGACAUUACAGGUUGCUUUUGCUGUUCAGUGAUUUGUCGGUCAUGAGCUAUGAGUUCUGGCACGACUGGAGAGGCUGA